AUGCAUUUAUUAUUUAAGUAAUUGUUAAUUAUAUUAUUUAUGUUGCUAUUUUUAAAGUAAACUAGCAGCUCAUAAAAUAUAAUUACUUAAUAGUAUAUAAGCUAUCAUGUGAUUUAAGAUUGUGCCAAGAAAAUAAUGGCAGAAUUUAUUAUGCGAGAGAACAUAUGCCAAGAAUAAAAUUAAAAGAAUAAAUAGAAAAUACUAUAGAAUAUAAUAACUAGUUAGCUAAAGAUGAAUAAUUAGAAGAUAGAAUUAAAUAAUAUUAGUGAAAUUCUUCAAUUAGUUGAAUAAAUAAAGCCAAUCUAAGAUUUAACAAAAGAUUAAAUGAUUUUAGGCAAUAAUCUGAAUGAAAUUAGUUUUUUAAAUCAAAUCAGACAAAUUGAGGAAUUUCAUUAAGUAAAUAAAGGAUAAUUUAAAUAAAAAAGUUAAGGGAAUUUAUAAUAAAUGAUAGAAGAGUCUCUUAAUAACAAAACUGAUUAAAUUUAAAAUGAAGAGAGUUAUUUUAAUGAGCAGUAGGAAUAAAUGAAACUAUAUCAAAAACAUUUUUAAUUUAGACUCAAUUCUUUAGAGGAAUUGGAAGCUUAUUAAGAAGAAAAAGAAAAUUAAAAUAUAAUAGAAAAUGUGUAAAAGGAAUUCGAAUAAAAAGAACACUUCUCUUUAGAAUCAGAUUAAUAUAACCAAAAUCAAAUUAGCUUAAAGCAAGAAAAAGAUCCAAAUUUUUGGAAACAGUAAUUAGAAUGGUUACAAGAAUCAUUUUAAAAUGAAAAAAAAAAUUAUGAAUAGGUUAUUAGUAAAUUAUAAAAAGAUAAAGAAUAAUUAUAAGAUGUCUUAAAUAAUAUAAAAAAUAAAAAUGAAAAAUUUUAAGAAAAUUAAGAUUUAUAAAAUCUUAUAAACGUUCUAGAGACUAUAAAUUUAGAUUUAGAGCCUCUGAAGCUAAUUUAGAGCAACUCUGGAUAAUAAUAGUAAAAAGAUCUUUGA